AUGGCUGGCGUGACCACGGAAAACGGUGUUUCGAGGCCCAGUACCCCUCCAAUGAGCAAUUUGGCACUGACCGAAUAUACCGCCAACCCUUCCCCUCCUUCCGAAAGGUCUGGUCGCCGACCCGACUGGGAUGUUCCUGAGAGUUUCCUCCUGCCCAAUGGCCAUCCAGAUUACCUACGGCUCAUUCUGACCUCCCGAGUCUAUGAAGUUAUCAAAGAGACCCCGCUCACCCACGCCGUUAAUAUCAGCAAUCGGUUAGAAUGCAGGGUACUAUUAAAACGAGAGGAUCUUUUGCCAGUCUUCAGUUUCAAGCUGCGCGGAGCGUAUAACAAGAUGGCGCAUCUAAGCGACCAGAGACGGUGGAAGGGCGUCAUUGCAUGUUCGGCAGGAAACCAUGCACAGGGCGUUGCUUAUUCUGCGAGAAAGCUGAAAGUUCCUGCAACCAUUGUGAUGCCCUCUUGUACUCCUGCUAUAAAACAUAAGAAUGUCUCGAGGUUAGGAGGAAACGUGGUGCUCCAUGGGCCGGAUUUCGAUGCAGCGAAAGAGGAGGCGCACAAAUUAGCGAAAAUACACGGCCUCACGAAUAUCCCUCCCUUUGACGAUCCAUAUGUGAUUGCUGGACAAGGUACCUGCGGGAUGGAACUGCUCCGUCAGGCGAACCUGCAAAAUUUAGAAGCUGUAUUCUGCUGCGUUGGCGGAGGUGGUCUUAUUGCAGGCAUCGGAGUUUAUAUCAAGCGCAUUGCGCCACACGUCAAAGUCAUUGGUGUUGAGACGCGCGACGCCAACGCCAUGGCACAAUCAUUGGAGAAAGGUGAACGGGUCACAUUGAAAGAUGUUGGUUUAUUUGCCGAUGGUGCAGCAGUGAAAAUUGUUGGCGAAGAAACUUUCCGUCUCUGUCGGGACGUUGUGGACGAGGUCAUUCAAGUUACCACAGAUGAAACAUGCGCUGCAAUCAAGGAUAUAUUUGAAGAUACAAGGUCGGUGGUGGAACCCGCAGGUGCACUUGCUCUUGCUGGAGUUAAGAAAUAUGUUGCCAAAUACCCGUCAUCGGACCCCAACCGCGAGCUGAUUGCUGUCGCGUCCGGUGCAAACAUGAAUUUUGAUAGAUUGCGAUUUGUAGCUGAACGGGCUGCACUAGGAGAGAAGAAAGAGGCUCUCCUAAGCGUCACUAUUCCCGAAAAGCCUGGUUCGUUCGCAAGAUUGGUCGAAGUCAUUAUGCCGCAUGACAUCACGGAAUUCAGCUAUCGGUAUUCUGCACCAGACUCCGCAGCUGUCUUCAUGGGAAUAUCACUCUCUGCCUCAACCGGAGUUGUGGACCUGGCGGACUUGAAGGUACAGAUCGAAAAGGCUGGAAUGGUAGUAUCCGACAUGAGCGACGACGAACUGGCAAAAACGCACAUUCGGUAUCUCGUCGGUGGCCGGAGUAAUGUCCCUGACGAACGGAUUUUCAUGUUUGAAUUUCCAGAGCGGCCUGGAGCGUUGGCUCGAUUCCUAACAACGCUUCGCCCGCAUCAAAACAUCACCUUGUUUCACUAUCGUAAUUAUGGCGGGGACGUUGCAAACAUUCUUGCGGCGAUCCAAUGCCCACCAAAUGAAAAUCAAGAGGUCGAAGCAUUCCUUCGAGACCUUGGUUACCCGUUCAAAGAGUGCACAGGGUCGCCGGUUUACCAAAAGUUUCUAAGGCACUAUUAG